UUUUCCAGUUAUCUUUUUCAUUCGGAACAAAACCUAGUCUUGUCCCCGGUGAGGAAAGAGCGGCAUGGAAGUAGCGAAAGACCCUAACUCACAGGCGGAUUCAGAUUCGGAACUGGAACUCUAUACCAUCCCAAGCUCUUCAAGAUGGUUCGCGUGGGAAGAAAUUCACGAAACGGAGAGAGCAGCAUUCAAGGAAUACUUCGACGGAAGCUCGAUAUCGCGAAGCCCGAAGAUAUACAAAGAGUACCGAGACUUCAUCAUCAACAAGUACAGAGAAGAGCCCUCCAGAAGGCUCACAUUCAGCGAGGUUCGAAAGUCGCUCGUGGGAGACGUGACGUUUCUUCACAAGGUCUUCCUCUUCUUGGAGCAUUGGGCCUUGAUCAACUACGGCACCGCAGAGGAUGUGGAGGAGGACCAUUGCAAGGUUCGCUUCGAAGAAGGCGCCCCCAGUGGGAUUCGAGUCGCCGCCACGCCCAAUUCCUUGAAGCCUAUGCUGCUGCCUCGCAAUGGGAAGAGUGCCGCCAAUGCCACUGGGGCUUCUCUCAAAUUGCCGCCUCUGGCCUCUUACUCUGAUGUUUAUGGUGAUUUGAUUAGGCAGAAAGAGGGCAACUGUGGCCUCUGCGCUCACCAAUGUGGUUCUGGACAUUACCGAUGUACACAGGAUAAUUUUAUUAUUUGUGCAAAUUGUUUCAAAAGUGGGAAUUAUGGGGAGAAAAGGUCCGCAGAGGAUUUUGUAUUUAGUGAGUCAAGUGAAAAUAGUGUCAAACAUGACACUGUCUGGACUGAGGCUGAAACUCUUCUCCUUUUAGAAUCUGUUUUGAAGCAUGGGGAUGAUUGGGAGCUUGUUGCUCAAAGUGUUCAAACCAAGACCAAACUUGAUUGUAUCUCGAAACUCAUUGAGCUGCCCUUUGGGGAGCUCAUGUUGGGCCCUACUCACAAAAAUGUUAACAUUAACGGUGCUAAUGGCAUCAUGAACAAUGCCAAACAAGUUCAAUCAUCUUCAUCUGACAACCAAGAAAUUUCAAAGACAAAGGACCAGACUCCUGAGCUUACAAAUGAAAAUGAGCAGAACGGAGAUGCAGUGAAGGAAAGUCCUUCAAAAAGACAGCGUGUUGCUGCCCUUUCAGAUUCCAGCAGUUUGCUAAUGAAUCAGGUGGGACUGAUCUCUAAUGUGGUUGACCCUCAUAUCACAGCUGCUGCAGCUGAUGCAGCUGUUUCAGCUCUUUGUGAUGAGGAUUUGUGUCCAAGGGAGAUAUUUGAUGUUGAAGAGGAUUAUUCAGCAAGAGCUCUUGAGGGUGAAGAAGGUUUAGAGAUGGAGAGGUCCUCUCUAUCAGAAAUACCUUUGACACUGCGUGUAAGAGCUGCCACUGCAACUGCUCUUGGAGCUGCUGCUGCACGAGCAAAAUUGUUGGCAGAUCAGGAAGACAGAGAGAUUGAACAUUUAGUAGCAACUAUAAUUGAAGCACAGAUUGAGAAAAUGCUACGCAAGGUUAAACAUUUUGACAAUCUGGAGCUGUUGAUGGAAAAGGAACACGCUGAAAUGGAAAAUCUAAAAGAUUCUAUCUUGACUGAACGGAUUGAUGUGUUGCGGAGAACAUUUAGAUCUGGAGUCACUAGAUGGAAGGAUUAUUCUUAUGCAAAAUCUUAGACCAGUUUGUAUGCAUGUGUAUAGUAAGAUUACUGUUCACUGUUAUUUUACAUCAGGGCCAAUGAAGUACUGUAACAUUUAUUAUUUAUUAUAACCAUAUAAUCCAGUGAUCAGCUAACGGCUUUUAGAAGGUUAUAUCUUAGAUACUAUCUAAACCUUUUUGGGUAGCUAUGUGCUGUUGGAUACUUUUAAUUUUGGCUUUUGAAUGGAUUCUAUAAAUUCAUGUAACUUGUAAUGUAUUAAAUUGUACAAAAUUCAAUUUCUUUCAUUUAUAAA